UUGACCUCCUGCUCCUGCAGCUGCUCCGGAAUCUCAUUGGAAUGCUCAAACCAAGUGAUCAGAUAAUCUUUCACCACUCUAUAAAUACUCCUUCAACCUAUACCACCUUUCCAUCAAUACACCAUCCAUCAAAAUCAAAUUCAACAAAACCUUGUGAUUUUGUUUAGAUCGACAAAGAGGGUUUUCAAAGAUGAAGAUGAACACUCGUUCAACUGUCUUGUGCGUUGUCUUCCUGGUUUCCUUCAUCUUCUUCCUCAGCGAAGCGGCUGUGCCAUGCAGCACUGUGGACAUGAGAGCAGCGGCCUGCGUAGGGUUUGCCACAGGCAAGGACGCAAAGCCGACUGCUACAUGCUGCUCAGGGCUGCAGCAGCUCGCUCAGACAGUCAAGACUGUGGACGAUAAGAAGGCUAUUUGCCGCUGCUUGAAGGCCGGCGCCAAGUCUCUCGGCGUUCAAGACAAGUUCUUGAGCCAGAUCCCACAAGCUUGCAACAUCAAAGUUGGCUUCCCGGUUUCCAUCUCCACUAACUGCGAAACGAUUCACUGAACUGCUAUGAAGCUCAAGGACGAACUGAUAGAGGAGUAUUAUGAUCUUAGAACGAGAGAGGAAAUAGCAUAUAUGAAUAAAACAGUUGGGGCAAUCUUUAUUGUACCAGA